AUGGUCUCUGAAUGUCUGUCUCCGAAUACUCUGAUGAGCAACGCCACCGCGGCCAGCAGUUACAUGGUCCGAGUUGAUGACUCUGACGAGUUGAAGGACAUUUGUAUAAAGUACGUCCCGUUCUGGAACAAGUUUGGCCAUGGGGACCUCCAGGUCCACAAGAUCACGAGUGCAAUGACAAACAGGGUCUACAAGGUCCAGGUGAUUGAACCCAGGAAGGACUCGUUGGGGGCACACAAAGUAUUGCUGAGGCUCGUAUACCCGGAUGAGCUUGUCUCCUUCGACCUGGACCACCAAAACGAAGUGCUUGAACUGCUGAGCUCCUAUGAGUUCUCUCCCAGACUUGUGGCGGCGUUUCCGGGAGGACGCAUAGAGCAGUGGCUGGACGGGUACAUACUCUGUACGGGCUCCUUGCAGAACAUUUCGUUACUCACAUCCAUUGCGACAAUCUUGGGCAACUUUCACAGAAUUGUUAGCAUGGUCGCCAAAGAGUCCUGGAGCAGGAGGCCGAUAGUCGAGAGGACAGUUGAGCGGUGGCUCCCACAUGUUAAAGUGGCUGUGCAGCAGCGUGGACUGGAUGUUGAUGUGGACAAAUUAUACAGGGCAUUUGAUAUCUACCAGAAGGUGAUUGCUAAGCACGCCGAGACGUCGCAGUCCUUCUCCAACAAGGUCGUCUUUUGCCACAAUGACCUGCAUCUCAAGAACAUUGUAGCGACCUAUACCGGACUACACUUUAUCGAUUUCGACUAUGCCGGCUUCAAUUAUGCCGGGUAUGAUGUCGCCAACUUUUUCGCGGAGAUGCUAUUCUGCCACGUGGACCAGCCGCCGUCCUUUAAGAUCGAUGAAUCACUUGAGCUCUCCAAGGACCUCAAGGUCCUCUUUGCCAGCGUAUAUCUCUCUGCAGCCACUGGAUCAAAUGUGCUACCAUCUGACUCUGAGACUAUUGACGGGUUUCUGAAAUCAGUCGAGAUUCACACCCUGGGACCCAUGCUCUUCUGGUCACUUUGGGGCAUCCUCCUGGCCGCUAGACCCGAUGCGGACAGUGAUGAUUUCGACUAUCUCGCAUACAGCAAGGUCAAGUUUAGUCUCUUUGAAAAGGUGCUGGAGGAAAGCGGACUGGGAUACGCUCUCUAG